AUGGUGAUGUCCCAGGGCACCUACACCUUCCUCACCUGCUUCGCCGGCUUCUGGCUCAUCUGGGGCCUCAUCGUGCUGCUGUGCUGCUUCUGCAGCUACCUGCGGCGGCGCAUGAAGCGGCAGCAGGAGGAGCGCCUGCGGGAGCAGAGCCUGCGCACGCUGGAGCUGGAGCCCCUGCACUACGAGGGCUACGCCGGCAGCCCCCCCGGCAUCGCCAUCCCCCACCGGCUCCGCAUCGAGCCCCACCACCACCCCCACAUCCCCCCCCCGCGGCCCUGGAGCUGCCGGCACGGUAAGAAGCGGGGCCUCUCCGGCCGCGAUGCCGCUGCAGCCGGCGCGGGAGCCCUCUGCGCUGCGCGGCGCCGCGAGCGCGCGGUGCCACCAGCCCCGGGUGGCACCAGCCCCAGUGAGUCGGACCUGUCGAAGCCGCCGUGCUACGAGGAGGCGCUGCUGAUGGCGGAGCCGCCGCCGCCCUACAGCGAGGUGCUCAUGGACACGCGGGGGCUCUACCGCAAGAUCAACGCCCCCUUCCUGAGCCACGAGCGGCUGGAGAAGCAGGAGCAGCCGCCGAGCUACAAGCCGCUCUUCCUGGACACGGGCUACGGCUCGGCCCUGCACCUGCCGCGCGCCGCCAGCCCCGGGCCCGCCUGCCCGGACCUCUACCUGCAGGCCGAGUGCUCGCCGCGCAUGUUCCCCAGCUGGACGGACUCGGAGCUCAGCAGCAGGGACACGUACGAGCCGGGGCCCUGGCACCUCCCGGUCUCCAUGCCGCUCUUCGGCAGGACUACGGCCGUGUAGCCCGGC